AAGGCCCUGAUAGUUACCUUCACUAUUUAUGAGGAAAACCUUUAUAAAGCCUUCUACUGACAGCUAACGUUCCAACAAAUUCCUGCAUUCAGAAGAAUCACAGCACUCUCUCUCUAGUAGAGCCAUGGCUGAUACUGCAUGCAAUUCUCACUCUGCUGUUACGGAAACAGAUACUCAAUCUCUGGAGAGAGUUUUCACUCUCAAACAAGGCGAAUUAAUCCACUACAAUUCCCAGAACGACGUCGUUCCAUACAACGAAACUACCCAUUUCGUGUCCUCAAACUGUCUAACUACUGAUUCCAGUUCCGGGUCAUCUGAUUCCGAACAAACAAUUCAAGAAUCUACUGUGAUUCAGGAGCUGAGUCUUGUCUCUGAUCUUGGUUGCCUUAAAGAAAGCUCGUUCUCUGAUUCCUUUGAUAAAGAAGUUAAAGACUUCGAAUUGGGAAACGACAUUGAGCAGCUGGGUUUUCCUUUAGCCGUGGUUACGGGAAAGAAACCGAUAUUGGAGGAAAUUGAAGCCUCGAUUCUCAUGGCAGGCGAUGCUUUAUUGACUGAUGAAAUGAGAAAUGCUUUCCAAGAUGAGGUGAAAGCAAUCGAUUCUGAUCAUAUUAAAGUUCCCGGAAACGACAAUGAAUUUGGCAGUCGUUUGAAGAUGAUCAGCGGAGAUCCGAGAUGUUCUUUGGAUAUUCAAGUGGUUGAUGAAACCGCCUUGAUUGGACCAGUAUCAGUCCCGAGGAAGACGGAGUCCAUUGCUCCAUCCAAAUCCUCAAAGGGUCUUGUGAACAAGAAUAGAAAGAUAGAGUUUCUUGAGAAGAAGGUGGCGAGAGGCUCUCCAAGCAGGCCUAAAGGAAGGAAAAAUGUCGUUGUGAAGAAAGGAGAAAGAAGCAAGAGGUUGUAUUCAAGGGAAGAAAUGGAAGCCCUGAGGUUUGUGAACAUUGUAGAACAGAGGAAGAUGUGGAAAGAUGUGCAUACCGGGCUUGGUCCUAUUGUACGGAAAGAGUAUGAUUACUUGGUCAGCUCUAAGAAUCAGAAGAAUUUUCAAUUCAAUUUUGGAAACAAGGAUGAACCCACUUCAGUUCUAGGUGCGGUUGGUGGAAGGGGAAGAAGUAACCACAUGAAUGUGUUUGUACAUUGAAGAAUGUCUCUUGAAGGCUUUUGAUAAUUCACAUAGUUGACAUAUGUAGAUGUUUUCUAGUACUUGGAAUGUCACUAUUCUGUUAUUCAUUUUUGCUGUAUAGGCAUUUCUUCUUGUAAAGAAGGUGAUGUGUAACGUUUUCUCUUGGUCAGAAGCUAGUAGUGGUGUCAUGAAACUUUUUUUUCAUUAAGAAAAGUAAAUGACAUGUUACAUUCUUUUUUCUCUUAAUUGAAAAAUCUUAAAUGUUGGGUUGGGAA